AUGGGGUUAGCUGGCCCUCGAAAGAGGACCAAAAUCUCCCAUGACCCCAACAACACCGCUUGGGCCCGCUCAACCUCCGGCUUUGGCCACAAAAUUAUGAGUGCCCAUGGCUGGACCCCCGGUAGCUUCCUGGGCGCCUCCAAUGCUGCUCAUGCAGAACACUUCACCUCUGCGAGCGCAGGUCAUAUCCGCGUUAUUCUCAAGGAUGACAAUCUGGGACUAGGCGCCAAACCCCGUGCGGGGGACGAACCGACGGGGCUUGAUGCUUUUCAGGGACUCCUAGGACGUCUUAAUGGGAAGAGUGGUGCGGAGCUGGAAAUAGAGCAAAGGAAGAGGGAUGAUAGGCGCCUUGCUAAUUUUGUCGAGAAGAGAUGGAAGACGAUGCGGUUUGUGAGCGGCGGGCUGCUAGUGCAUGAGAAGAUCCAGGCGCUUACGGAGGUGCAGAGCGGCAGCGAAGGAGAAGCAGAAGAAGCACAGGAAAACAGCAAAUCGGAGACUUUAGACAAGACGAAAAAGGAGCGCAAGAGAGAGAGGAAAGCAAAAGGUGGUGAUUCCAAUUCAGAUGUCUCUCAAGAGCUCUCAAAAAAGAACGAGAAGAAGUUAAAGAUGGAAAAGAAGAAGAAGACAAGGUCUGGUGAUUGUUCAAGUCCGUCUACUGAUACCACAACAUCUUUGGAGGAUGCCCUCAUCAACAAGAAACGGAAAAAGUCCAAGAAGCGAAAACAACAAGAUCUUGAAUUCAUUUACCCUGAGGAGAGAGACAGUAAUGGCGCGGAUACUCAGAGCUCUGUGGGACGGGAUGAGGAAAAAUCGACUUCCACAAUUUCCAACCAUACGCAUAUUGUGAAGGUCAAGGAACAUAGGCCAUUGGGUCGCCAGUUUACCCGUGGUCGCUAUAUUCAACAGAAGAAGCUGGCUCUGAUGGAUGCGAAAUCUUUGAGUGAGAUUUUUAUGGUGAAGUGA